AUUCUCUCUCUCUCUCUCUCUCUCUCUCAAGUUCAAGCUCUAGCUCUGAAUACAUGGCGGUGUUGAACCGCCUACUGAGAGCGAGAGGCUCAGACUUCUCGUCUAUAAUAAACCGAGGCUUUUCUACUUCGUCAACUUUGAAUUCCGAAAUUAACCUUCGAGCGGCGUCGUCGCUCAGUCACAAGUCUCUCCCUUUGGGUCGAAUCCCCAAGGACAGGAAUGUCCAGUGGGUUUUCCUCGGAUGUCCCGGAGUCGGAAAGGGGACCUACGCCGGUCGCCUUUCUAGGCUCCUCGGCGUUCCUCACAUCUCCACCGGUGAUCUCGUCCGCGAAGAGCUCUCAUCUAAGGGUCCCCUUGCUUCUCAGCUUGCCGAGAUUGUUAAUCAUGGGAAAUUGGUGUCAGAUGAAAUUAUUAUAAAACUAUUGUCCAAGCGUCUUGAAGCUGGAGAAACUAAGGGUGAAUCAGGAUUUAUUCUUGAUGGCUUCCCUCGAACUAUAAGACAGGCGGAAAUUUUAGAGGGAGUUACGGACAUUGACUUGGUGGUUAACUUGAAGCUCCGAGAAGAAGCAUUGCUUGCAAAAUGCCUUGGAAGAAGAAUAUGUAGCGAGUGUGGAGGGAAUUAUAAUGUCGCUUGCAUUGAUAUCAAGGGUGAAAACGGAAGUCCUGGAAUGUACAUGGCUCCCCUUCCUCCUCCUCCACAUUGUGAAUCAAAAUUAAUCACCCGUUCUGAUGACACUGAAGAAGUUGUAAAGGAGCGCUUCCGUGUAUACAAUGAAAUGAGCCGGCCUGUGGAGGAGUUCUAUCGUAGUCGUGAGAAGUUGUUAGAAUUCGAUCUUCCUGGAGGAAUCCCAGAGUCCUGGACAAAACUACUUCAAGCUCUGAAUCUCUAUGAUCAUGAGGGCAAAAAGUCUGCAGCAGCUUGAGUUUUUUGACGAAUGUCAUAGUAUAUUCACUAGGUAAAUUUAUCAUUCUUUGCAUGUGGGUGAAGUAUGCAUGCAUUCUAAUUUCACCAGGAGAUGAAUACUUAUUUUUUAUGCAAUAAAAGCUUGAUAGACCAUGGACUCUUUAUAGUGAAUCUCCCUUAAGGGAUAUUGCAGAUGUAUGGGAUGACAGUGGAGGCGACAUGAUGUAAUUGUUCUUUAUACCAAGACAUAUGAUGUUACUCAAUUAUUGUUUUAUUUGUGUAAUCUUGGUAUCAUUCCCAUUAAUAUUUUCUUUGUUUCGACCAUGGAAACUUGAGCAAUUUUUUAUGGUGGACACGCCUUAACUUCUUCAAAC